AUGGCCAAAGUCACAGCAUGGGAAGACCUUGCAUUCUUCCAUGAGGAAGUCGAUGACGAAACUGGCGAGUUUCAGCACGCAACCUUUGCGCUGGUCGACAACGACAACCUGGCCUACUUUGGCAAGACAAAUCAUCCUAGACGCAACGCCACCUUUAAACAACUCACGUCUGCCCUUGUUCAUAUCCCGGAACAUACCAUCUUUCCGGAAUGGGCGCCGCAUCGCGGGAAUCUCACACUGGCGGAGGAGACCCAACUCAAUACCUACUACAUCAAACGCCCAAAUCUUGCCAUGUACGAUGUCUUCCAAGAACAUAAGGUUCUAGACUUGAUUCCCAAGGGCCUGCUCGAAGAAGCCAGAACAAUGGAAAUGCUAUCCCUACACCCCCACCCCAAUAUCGUCCGUUAUCAUGGCUGCCGAGUUCGCCGUAACCGCAUCACCGGCCUGGUCCUCGAUCGCCACCCCAACACGCUCUCUGAUUAUUUGAAGAACAAGAUAGGGCCGAUCAACAAGGAGCCCUUCAUGCAAGCCCUCGAGUCGGCCAUUCAUCACCUACACUAG